UCAGGUCCUUAGGACACCCAGUCAACUCAAUAAGUGUGCCUUGCAAGUAAGACAUUUCCCUAGAAAGAGUUUCCAGAUUGUUUGAACUUCUCUGGCCACACAGCACGGGCAGCGAGGCGGUGGCAGCGAGGACCCGCGGCGGCUGCAGCAUGGGCCGGCUGGCCGGGGUGGUCUGCAUUUUCUGGAGCGCUCUACUCACAGCAAGAGCAAACCACGCACCCGGGAAGAACAAUGUGCCCAGGCUGAAAUUAUCCUACAAAGAGAUGCUGGAGUCGCACGGCGUGAUCACCUUCCACGGCCUGGCCAACAGCUCCAGCUACCACACGUUCCUGCUCGACGAGGAGAGGGGCAGGCUGUAUGUCGGAGCAAAGGAUCACAUUUUCUCCUUCAACCUGGUCAACAUCAAGGACUUCCAGAAGAUCGUGUGGCCAGUGUCGUACAGCAGAAGAGAUGAGUGCAAAUGGGCCGGGAAGGACACCCUGAAAGAAUGUGCUAACUUCAUCAAGGUGCUGAAGGCCUACAAUCAGACUCACUUGUACGCCUGCGGAACUGGGGCCUUUCACCCAAUUUGCACCUACAUUGAAGUUGGACAUCAUCCUGAGGACAACAUUUUUAAAUUGGAGGACUCACAUUUUGAAAACGGCCGCGGGAAGAGUCCAUACGACCCCAAAUUGCUGACGGCAUCUCUUCUAGUAGAUGGAGAGCUGUACUCCGGCACGGCCGCCGACUUCAUGGGGAGAGACUUCGCCAUCUUCCGCACCCUCGGGCACCACCACCCCAUCAGGACGGAGCAGCACGACUCCAGGUGGCUCAACGAUCCCAGAUUUGUCAGUGCCCACCUCAUCCCAGAGAGUGACAACCCAGAGGAUGACAAAGUGUACUUUUUCUUCCGUGAAAAUGCAAUAGAUGGCGAACAUUCUGGAAAAGCUACUCAUGCUAGAAUAGGUCAGAUAUGCAAGAACGACUUUGGGGGCCACCGCAGCCUGGUGAACAAGUGGACCACGUUCCUCAAAGCCCGGCUCAUCUGCUCCGUGCCAGGGCCCAGUGGCAUUGACACCCACUUCGAUGAACUGCAGGAUGUAUUCCUAAUGAACUCCAAAGAUCCUAAAAAUCCAAUUGUCUAUGGAGUGUUUACCACCUCCAGUAACAUUUUCAAGGGGUCGGCCGUGUGCAUAUACAGCAUGAGCGAUGUGCGGAGGGUGUUCCUGGGGCCCUACGCCCACAGGGAUGGUCCCAACUAUCAGUGGGUGCCCUACCAGGGCAGGGUCCCCUACCCACGGCCAGGAACGUGUCCCAGUAAAACAUUUGGCGGAUUCGACUCUACGAAGGACCUUCCAGACGAUGUCAUAACAUUUGCAAGAAGCCAUCCAGCCAUGUACAACCCGGUGUUCCCCAUUAACAACCGCCCCGUGAUGGUCAAAACGGAUGUGAAUUACCAGUUCACACAGAUCGUGGUAGACAGAGUAGGUGCAGAAGAUGGCCAGUACGAUGUAAUGUUUAUUGGAACAGAUGUUGGGACGGUUUUGAAAGUCGUCUCCAUUCCUAAGGAGACCUGGCAUGAUUUAGAAGAAGUUCUGCUGGAAGAGAUGACAGUUUUCCGGGAACCAACGCCUAUUUCAGCAAUGGAGCUCUCCACUAAGCAGCAACAGCUGUACCUGGGCGCGGCGGCCGGCGUGGCUCAGCUGCCCCUGCACCGCUGCGACGCCUACGGCCGCGCCUGCGCAGAGUGCUGCCUGGCCCGCGACCCCUACUGCGCCUGGGACGGAAACGCCUGCUCGCGCUACUUCCCCACGGCCAAGAGACGCACAAGACGACAGGAUAUACGAAACGGAGACCCGCUGACGCACUGCUCCGACUUACAGCACCCCGAUAAUCCCCACGGGCACAGUCUGGAGGAGAGGAUCAUCUACGGGGUGGAGAACAGCAGCACUUUCCUGGAGUGCAGCCCCAAGUCCCAGCGCGCGCUGGUGUUCUGGCAGUUCCAGCGGCAGAACGAGGAGCAGAAAGAAGAGAUCAGAGUGGAUGAGCACAUCAUCAGGACUGAGCAAGGGCUCCUGCUACGCAGCCUGCAGCGAAGGGAUGCGGGCACCUACCUGUGCCACGCUGUGGAGCACGGGUUCAUGCAGACGCUUCUCAAGGUGACGCUGGAAGUCAUCGACACAGAGCACCUGGAGGAGCUGCUGCACAGGGAUGAUGACGGGGAUGGAUCGAAGACCAGGGAGCUGGCCAGCAGCAUGACGCCUAGCCAGAAGGUCUGGUACCGAGACUUCAUGCAGCUCCUCAACCACCCCAACCUGAACACCAUGGACGAGUUCUGUGAGCAAGUUUGGAAGAGGGACCGAAAACAGCGCCGGCAGAGGCCAGGCCACACUCAAGGGAACAGUAACAAAUGGAAGCACUUACAGGAAAACAAGAAAGGAAGGAACAGGAGGACCCACGAGUUUGAGAGGGCGCCCCGGAGUGUGUGAGCUGCAUUACCUCUAGAAACCUCGAACAAGUAGCGACUUGCCUAGACAAUAACUGGAAAAAUGCAAUAUACACAAACUUGUUCCAUGGCAUUGCGUGGGUGUUUACAAUGGAGGAGAAGUCAACCAAGGUCCGCCAGUUAUAAAUUAAGUCCAUGAGUAACUUUCCUAACAGGCUUUCCCCUAACAUCGACAACUCCUAAGAGAGAUCACGGGUGAGCACAGAUGUUUGCCAUAGUGGACCGUUUCCUAUGAGAAUUCACUGUAAAAGUUCCACCUUCUUCUUUGCCUGAGAAAUAAAAAUGUCAUUUGCCACAUUGCCAUCUAACGGAGAAAAAUUGCAUCAGCAAAGCCAUUUUAUUGAACUAGAAGUUGAAAGUAAACUGCAUGGAUUUACUGAGCUGACGAAUAUUCCAAAAUAUGGUUGGAUGCAAAGAUAUUUUUUGUCUACCAGCACUCAUGUUUGUAUGUACUGGAGGAAGGAAAUAAGGAAAAUGAUACUGAAUGAAAUGGCCUGUGGAAAUAUAAAACACACAAACCAUCCACUGUCCAGAGGCAAAAUGGAAUACACUGAUCUACUACUGAUGUCUUCUUUCAGCUUUGACCUAAAGAUGUAUUUUAUUAAAACUAUAAUUUAAAUGUACCAUGACAGAUAUGCAGUGAAAAUUAGCUGUUUUUCUAAGCUAGAGUAGGUUUUUGUCUUACAGUUACUGUGCUACAUAGUUUGCUUUAAAAUUCCAAUUGUGUGCUGCUUUUUUUGACAUUUUGUUUUUAGUUCUGUAAGAGGGAUAGCUGGUAUUGUUCUAGAUACAUAUAUAUGUUAUUAACCAUUAAUUCCUAAAACCAAGAUAUAAAUUAUGCUUUAUUUUUCUGAGGAAAUCAAACAAAUGAAAGCUGUUCACACUUCCCCUUCUUUACCUAAUUUUAACUUGCAUAAUGUUCUUAGAAAAACAGAACCAGCAAAAAAGCGAAAAUUGGUUUGCUAAAUGCAUUUUAUCCUAUCUAAUGGAUCAAAGGAAAGAAAACGAUCUGAACAUCUCACAAAGAUAGUAAGCAGCAUCUUAAUAUAGUUAAUAGAAAAUGUCUCCUCAUUCUGUGCUUGAAUGUCAGCAUGCUAUGUGAGACGUAAAAUUCCUCUUAUGAUCCCACUAGGGAUUAAAUGGAUUGCUUAAUGAUUGUGGCAAAGACAGAGAAAUCAGUAGAAGGCAGGGCGACAUCUUAAAGGCAGAUUUCCCCACUGUUUACUUCUGAAUCAGCUCCUUUUAUCUCACCUUGCUGAAGAAAAUAACCCAUAUUGAGAACACAUUAUUCUUUCCAUGCCAGUGGGAACGAUUUUAUACACACCAGUUUCCAGGAAAGGAACCAGACUCACAAACUGUGAAACUCUUUGUGUGUUGCAAGAGCUUACAGAAUGAGGUGAAAGAUUUCUAGUCCUUGCCUUGCUUGUUGUCCUGAGAUGACUCUGCGCUCCAGGGGUGUGGGGUACCUGGGCCCUUCGGCCUCAUGUCCUGCUCCUUAGCAUGGCAGUUGGGUGUCAGGAGCCCUCCCCUGAGUCCUUCUCUAGGCACAAAACAACAGCUUCUUGCUAAUUAAAGAAGUGACACUGAAAUUUAACUCCACUUGUCUUGGGAUUCUAAUUAACUCAGCCUUAAUUUCUCACCUCCGACGACAGCAAAUUGUUAUUCCCAAUCAGCUGAACUAUUUCCCAGAUGGAAACUCAUGUUUCAGUUUUAAUGAUUAUUUGAAUAAGCAAUUUGUUGACAUUUGUUUCAAAUAAAAGCCUAAAAAUUAUCUUCAUCCAGUUUUAGGCUCCAUUGACUAAUAUGGUGCUGUUUUGGACAUACAUUUUCAAAGGGAAGUUGAAUUAUUAAACUAUUUGAAGAGCACACUCCUUACAGGAAACAGUGUUUGGAAUAUAAAUCAAAGAAUCAGGAGUGCUCCAAAAAUAGCUCAUUUUUUUCUACUUUAGUACAGUACCUUAACUGUAUUAAAAUUCAGUGUUGUAUUUCAUUCUACAUUUGCAGCUGAAACAAAUUUAUUUGCAAUAACAGAAGUAUUUUAUUUCUUUUUAGUCCUUAAAAAUAAAAGGAUUUGAAAGGAUAGAGAUUGUAUGAUAACUUCAUGGACACCGUCCAAAAUCUGAAAGCAUUUUUUUUAGCAUUAUAAAAUAUCAAUAGAAAAAGUCUAGACUUUAAUUAAAAGUAUCAAAAGGAAACAAGUCUACUGGCAUGCCUUUAUAAACAAUCAGGUCUAAGGUUUUGGAAAAGGUGUAGAUGUUAUGUGCAGGUAACUAACUUUUAUUGGAGCCAAAAUCUUCUGCCAAUGUGUACCGAGAGGGGCAGUUCACACGAAAAUGAAUCCGUGCCCCACUUAAUAAUUCAGUUCUAAUAGCCACUGGCAUAUGCCUGUAUCAUCAGAGAUGAAACUUGGUUAAGAGACUCACAUGACCUUCAGCAAAUUAUAACAGCAAUCUUAAAGAAUGAAAAGAUGCACUUCAGAAAGAAAAUCAUGGCCCUGUGGAAAUCAAAUGUAAAAUGUAAAUGCAUGUAAAUGCACACUUAUUGCUUCCUUUAAUGUAUUAUUUAGUGAUUUUUUAAUGACAUGUGUUUAAUAUUUUUGCUACCUACACAUUAGGCAAAAGAGAUGUAAAUAGUUUUGAACCGAAAAGGAAGAACAGUGUAAAAGACAAGUUUCUAUAGGAACUCACUCACUGCAGUGUGCUCGAUGUCAUCCUGAAGUGCAGGGCUUUCCCACAUAGGGUCAAGGUGGCUUAUGUAUUACUUCAGGCUGGAAGGUGUAUGCUCAUUCAGUAAGCAUGCAUUUUGCCAGGUAGUAAAUAUGUUCCAUAUCUAUAUUUAUCAUUGCAUUUCAGAUGGGAGCUAAAGAACUGGAGAGUCAAAUGUAAUGAAACCGCUGCUGUAAAUUAUUCCUUUUAGCAUGCAUUCACUUGCUAAAUACACAUUUCUUCAAAAUAUUUGAAUUCAGAUGUCUUUACUGUUCCCUGUAACAUAUGGUGUUCAGGAACAUAAGCUUAGGAAAUUUUGAAAACCAGAAUCAGGUUGCUAUAUAACUAGCUAACAGAUUUCUUCAUUGUAGUUAUCUGUAAAUUGGAUUCUAUAUUUAUGGUGAUGAUACAAAUUUUUAUGCCCUUUAAAUUAAAUAUUGUUCCUUUUUAUGUCAUAUCUAAAAAGAAAAUAUAGGAAUGAAGUUCUAUAAUAUGUCAUUAUCAUAAUAAGUUUGGUUUCAUUCCGAAUCUGCAAAGAUGUCAGAUUGUUAUUGUUGUUGCCUAUCCUGAAGGUCUUGGAAAAACAUUUUAUCACUAUGGAGUCAUUAGUACAACAUUUGAAAUCUUUGUCAUAUUAAUUCAUUUUUUAACACAAUUUCAAUUUAAUGGAAAUCUGUCCGGCUUCAUGGCUUCAAAGACACAUUCAACAAAUAGAGCUCAAAAUAACCUUAUUGUGUAACAACAUGCUAGGUAUAAACCAACAUGCCAAAGGCAUCCAUGUUUUUAUUUUACCUUUGUCUGUAAUCAUUAUUUAAAGUCAAUGUUAAUGUUUGCAAAAUAACAUGUUUCCAUAAAGAAGAAAACAUUAUUUUUUAAAAAGUC